UUCCCACCGAAUGUCGGAUAAAAUCCAAGGUGGAAUGUACAAUGGCGCCAUCUAUCGGCGAGUGGCGUAACUAACGGUCAAUUAUUUAUUCGUUACUCGUUACCUUGGCCGCCUGAAUAAUGGGAGGAUAUUGAUAAAAUAAAGUGCUACAGCUUGUUAAAUAAUUAAAUUUAACAAUGGAAGAUCCAGAUAAGAGAAUAAGUGUUCUGUGUCUAGGCCCUAAAGGAUCAGGAAAAACUACUUUAUUGAAGAAAUUGCAAGACGCCGAUGGUGUAGAUUACACUUACAGUCCAGUGCCGACAAUUGGCACUAAUAUUUACGAAAUAAGUUAUUUGAACAAACAUGGAAAGAAACAGAUGACAUCGGUGAGAGAAGUUGGGGGAGAGAUGGCGCCACUGUGGGGCAAUUAUUUGGAUGGAGUUGAAAAGAUAAUAUACGUGGUGGACACGUCCAACCUCUGCCAAAUAUCUGCAGCCGCCGUUCUUCUUUACACACUGUUAGCUGAACCUCGUCUCAGAACUGCCAAGUUCAUCCUAGUCCUGAGUAAGAUGGACGCUGCGUAUCGUCAAAUGCGCAACGAAGCAUUACUCAUGCUGCAGCACGCGCGACUCAGUAAGGAACUCAAGAACGCCCCCAAACUGCUGGAAGCUUCUCCCCUCACAGGCGAAGGCAUUGAGGAGCUGAGGGCCUUCCUUGCAGAGCCUGUAAAAUCUGCCCCUAUGAAAAUUACUAUUUAACAUUUAAUUUGUUUUUUAUAUAUUGCAUAAAAUUGUUAAAAAAUUCUGCGUAGUUAUUGCU